AUGUCAACGACCGCGACAUCCCUGAUUCCCUCUCCUUCUUCUUUGAGGUCUAGCUACAAUCCUGCGCUUCAGAGCGCUCAAAACACCGUGUCGCAAGUUACAAACGCCGUUACAAGUGCCCCCAGCAAUGUAUCCCGAAGCGCGCAGAAUCUUAGCCUGGCUCUCUCAAAGUCCUCGCCCAAUCCUGCCGAACCUGCCACUCCUCCGUCUACACCAGGAAAGUUUAGACACCCUAUGACAACAGAGAUAUUGAGGAGGAAUGCUGCGACAGCCCUUACGGACAGAAGUGUGAAGGGUGCCGCGACCAACGCCGCAGCUCUGCUGCUCACGUUCAUUUUCAGCGAUGUCUACUAUAGCAGUGUACCUCCUCUGCUCAAAACCAGCGGCAUUGCCGAUCCCUCUCAGAUCUCCUGGGCUGCCCUCCUAAUCAUCCGCCUUCUCUUCUGCCUCAACAUGAUCCUUCUUCUCCGACCGAUCGUGCCCUACAUAUCCCAGAAGGACCAAAUCACAGAUAUCCCAUUGACACCUUCUCAACGGUCCCUCUUGGGCCUCUCUCCGUCCGUCCACGCAAGCCAAAGUCCAGCUGGCUCGGCGGCUAGUUAUAUCACUCCUCCGCGCUACCGACGACUUUCUGGCUCCUUCAGUGGCAGUCCCACAAUGGGCUCUCAACUCGGUUAUGGUUCCGCCUCAACCGACCGUCGCAGCAUUUCAGCGAACUACUCCUCAUCACCUCUGUCUACAUCGCGCCACACUCUUGGAUUCUCCCCGACGCCCUCGCAAUCCCUCCGUCGCACGGUCUCAGGUUCACCAUUUUCUCCCUCUCCGACUGCAAGCCCACUUUUCCACAAGGCUGUGAGCCAGAACCAGUCCUCGCAAAACCCAGACGCCGAGUUUGGCACGAGCACUCGUUCUGGAUUUGGAGCGAUCAGCAGCGGUAAUACAGGCCUCAGUCGAUCGCAGAGUAUGCGUGAAAGAAGACCAAGACGAGAGAGCCUAGAGCCGAAUUCACCGUCUCCCACCAGAGCCACACAAGUUGUCCCCGGGUUGAACUAUAAAUGGUUGUACGACAAGGGCAGGAAACUUCCGAAGAGUGAUUCUUUUGGCACCUUCUGA